CCUUAUUUGGAUUCCGUUUCGGAAAGAGAGAGGAUGGCAAACAUGUAACGGAACGACUGACCGCGACCAUCGCGAGCAGCGCAGCAUCAAAGGACGGUGUGAGCUUUUACAAUGUGCGAACAGCUGUCAGCAAAAUACACUCAAUAAAUCAAUGAAAUGUGAAACAGCAUGAGGGCAUCUGGCUGUCAAGUCCAGCACAGCGGAUGCGCGUCGGAUCCAAAACCAACAGACAGGAUGAACUGAGACAUUACGCGCAAGAGGUUGCCACGGGCACGUUUAGGUUUGACCUCGGUGGAGAUCAUUUCUGGGACAAACAGCUUGCACGGUGAGGAUGUAUCAAUGAAGAAUGUAACUGCGACUGACUCUGUCCAAACAGGGUUGAUGAAGCCCUCGGCGGUGUCAUGCGUCUUGCCCCGCAGCCAAGCGCGCAACCCUUGCGACUUAUAGUUCUACUCCUCCUCACUACAGGGGUCAUCUCAUCCCCGGUGCUCUCCACCGGCUGCCCAGACAGGUGCGUGUGUGAUGACCAGCUUGUAGUCCAGUGCGCUGGGCAGCACCUGACCACCUUCCCAGUCAACUUGCCGCUGGCCACGCGGCAGCUUAUCAUCUCCAACAACCGUAUCGCGGAGCUGCCGCCUCUCACGCUCAACUACCUCUCCGACCUGGUGUACUUGGACUGCAGCAAUAACUCUUUGACGGAGAUUUCUGAGUCCACAUUUGGGAAUCUACGCAAGCUGGCCUACUUGGACCUCUCCUUCAACACCUUGACCCGGAUCGAGGACAGGACGUUCGGCCCCUUGGCGAGCUUGGUGAUGCUGAGAAUGACGGACAACCCAGGACUCUCCGAAAUUCACCCGGAUGCUUUUGCGGAGAACGCGGCCCUUCAGGUGCUUGAUGUGAGCCGAAACAACCUGACGGUCUUCAACCUCACCUCUCUGAUUGGGCUGCCCGCCCUGCGCUCUGUGGGGCUCAGUGGGAACCCCUGGAGCUGCGAAUGCGACAACGAGGACCUCUGCUUGUGGGUCCAUCUUGAGGGCUUCAAGUUUCAAGAUGAGGGCCAGACGGUGUGUGGCUCACCUGCUGACACACAGGGCCGUCGUCUUGGGGAGGUGGGCAUCCAGCUGCGGACAUUAUGUCAUCAGACACUGGGCUCCUGGGACUACCUUUUCUUUGUUGUCAUCGGCUUUGUCAUCUUUGCCGCUGGCACAGUGUCGGCCUGGCUGAUGGGUGUCAUCAUGGUGCUCUAUGAGCGCUACAUCAAGAAGAAAGACGAGCAGCUCGAGAUGGACGACGAGGAAGAAAGCGAUGAGACAGGCCGCGACAGGAACGGCCAUGACAAUGGGAAUUUAAAAACCUCACAUACUGUUUAAAACAAAAUCCCACCCCAUUCGCCAUGGAUUCCCACAGUGCCUCCUUUCAGCUUCCGUGACUGCCUGAGAAGUCUAAUGAAACUGGGUCCUUAUAAAAGGCUCAGAUCUGAAAAAGAAUGGAGUACAGAAUGUGUUUCUAUCAUUUUUAGCGGGCUUCCACGUGCUGUAACACACGUCGUGGUCGCCGUAGUGGAGGUCCCCAGUGCUUGGGUAACACAUAGAUUAUAUAUGCAAAUUUAUGACUACAUAUUUUGUUAAUUUAUGUUAGAAUACAAAA